AUGGAUUCUGUUCUUCUCAAGCGGGCUGAUGCCUGUGACUCUGGAAAUGAGUUCGACGGCCGUAUGGGUCUGCGCAUCUCUUCCAUCUUUGUGAUCAUGGUUGGCUCUAUGUUCGGAGCUUUAUUCCCUGUAUUCGCCCGUCGCUUUAGCAAGGACGGUGGAUUCCCCAAGUGGUGUUUCUUCAUCGCCAAGUACUUUGGAUCCGGUGUCAUCAUCGCUACUGCCUUCAUUCACCUCUUGGCCCCGGCCGAGGAAGCUCUGACCAAUCCGUGUCUGACCGGGCCCAUCACCGAAUACAGCUGGGUCGAAGGCAUUGUUCUUAUGACCAUCAUUGUCCUGUUCUUUGUCGAGUUGAUGGUUAUGCGCUUCUCCACUUUCGGUCAAGGCCAUGUGCACGACGAAGAGGGGCACUCUCACAUCCAGAUCGAAGAGCCUACUGUCAAUAGAUUGGGUGAACACAAGAACCACCUCGUCGGAGAGGACCACCUCGGUCACGGUCGCGAUCAUCAUGACAGCGACUCCGAUAACGAAAAGGAUCCACAUGCAGCCGAGGACUACGCCGCCCAACUUACCUCAAUUUUCAUCCUGGAAUUUGGCAUUAUCUUCCACUCUAUCUUCAUCGGUCUCACUCUUGCAGUGUCCGGUGCCGAAUUUACCACCCUUUACAUCGUCCUCGUCUUCCAUCAGACCUUCGAAGGCCUUGGUCUCGGUGCCCGUUUGGCCACUGUCCCUUGGCCCAAGUCAAAGCGCCUUACCCCCUACAUCCUAGGCCUUUGCUAUGGAAUCUCUACUCCCAUUGCCAUCGCCAUUGGUCUCGGGGUUCGAAAGAGCUACCCGCCGGAGGGACGAACUACUCUUAUUGUCAACGGUGUCUUCGACUCUAUCUCUGCCGGCAUUCUGAUCUACACUGCGCUUAUCGAGCUGAUGGCGCACGAGUUCAUGUUCAGCAGCUCCAUGCGCAAAGCUCCUAUCCGUGACGUGCUGUUUGCGUUCGGUCUGCUGUGUGCUGGUGCUGCCCUCAUGGCCCUGCUAGGCAAGUGGGCUUAA